UGAGUACGCCAUGUUUUUUGUGAUGUUCGCGCAUUAGACAAAUUUUUUGAGAAUUGUAAUCUGUAUGAGCAAAAUGGCUGAUGAUGAUCCAUGGUUAUUAAAAGAAGACGGUUACUUAAACGUGGAUACUGAGUGUAAAAGUAUAAUCUAUCAUGCUAAUCUGAACGUGUUACUAAUCACUACUGGCAGUGCGCAAGUAUACGUAGUUGAUGUCAAUUCAGGAGUAAUAUUGCAAAAGAGUUCUCUGUCGGGUAAAUUACAUGGAAAACUUCAAGGCACAUAUUUAUCAAAUGGUGUAGAUAAGGUACUAUAUACAGAUGGAAGAGGAAUUGGAGUACGUAGUGAUUACAAUGGUGUACUCCUUUUGGACACUCUUUUACAAACAACUGUUUCACGAAGCGAGGAUAUUAUAAAGAUAGAAUUAUUGUUUUCCGAAGCUAUUUUGUUAUAUCAGUGUCUACGAUGUGUGGAACUACCAGGUGUAGAUCAUGUGCAAGAGGUAAUUCAAGAAUUAGCAAGUAAAACUUUUACUGUAGAGGCAAGCCAAAAGAAAGGAAUUAAAGCCCAAAAAUGGAAUACGGUAUGUCUCGAACUACCGCACGGUUCUUUGAAGCUUGUGUGUUCAGGAUUAGUCAUGGAAUUGAAAAGAUUGAACAGACAUAUCCCUGCAUUGCCAAUUGCUUCUGCCAUCAAUGAACGAUUAAAUGGUCUAUUGCCACGCUUGGCAUUAGAAGGCGGUCCUGUUGAUAGAGCAUUAAUGUUUAGCGAAGCAGUGCGUAGAGAUACCUUCUCAAAAUGGCCACAUAUGAAUCACAAAUGGGCUUUACCUGACCAAAUGGCUCAGGUUGGUUUCUACCAUCACCCAAAUGCAACAGGCGAUGACAGGGUAAUGUGCUUCACGUGCAAUGUCUGUUUAGUUUGUUGGGAACCAAAGGAUGAACCUUGGUCAGAGCACGAACGUCAUUCUCCUACAUGUCCUUUCAUUAAAGGGGAGUAUACGCAAAAUGUUCCUUUAUCCGUUACCCUUGCUACAGCUCCUGCACGCGAGGCUGGUGACACAAUAGAUGUGAUCAGCACUACAAAUGUCAGUGGUCUUGCGGCUACAGCUUCCAAUAGUGGUUUUAUAAACGUAUGGAACGUAACGAAUCAAUUGAAGAGGGAAGUUUCAUUUUAUGUGGCUCCAGUAGAACAAGAAAUAAAUAAUAAAGAAUCUAUUCAAUUUGGUUCUACGAUAAAUUUGACUUCAUAUUUAAGAAUGCUUAAUUCGGAAGCAGAUUCUCUCUCUGAUUAUAAGCAUCCAGCUUCGCAUAAAGUGCAAAUUACAGCGCUGUCUAUAGUAGGCACUCCCAAAUGUCAAAACAAAGAAGCAAAAACCCUCGCCUCUACGCUUUUACCUGGAGCGACAUCAGACUCUAAAAUCAGGCCAUGUGUAGUGUGUGCUGUUACAGUGACGGUUAGUAAUCCGUCACAAUUAAGGACUUUAGAAAAUGUGUGGGCUGCUUCAACAGAUUUAGCUCCUUCUUCAUCUCUUGUUCGUGCAAUGAACAGUGUAAAUAGUGCUGCAAGUGAUACAUUAGAUAUAAUGAAGGUAGCAGGUGAUAGGUAUACACCAUCAAGAUCGCACUAUUUAGUAUUUUAUGAUUUUCAUCAUAAACUUGCAACGAUGCAACCAAUCAAAGAAGAUAAUACCAAGGAUUCUAAAACUAAAAAGGCAUUGUCUGGAAUGGGAACUAGCGCCAGUUCAAACGGAGAACGUCAAGGGAAUUUGUUUCAAGAUUUCUUGCUCGGUAAAUUUUUAUAUGAAGUUCCAGUGAUAGAGGAUGUAGAUUCGGAUAUGGUAGUUGGACCACAUUUUGGUAUUUUUCCAACAACUGCUCUAACCGCAUCAUCUUCCAAUGGAAUUUAUUCAAAUACAAUUGGUAUUGCAGUACCCCCAACGUCAAGCUCGUUCGAUGCAAAUUUUAAUCCAAUCAGUGGCCCACAACAGUUUGCAUCAACAUCUGAAUUGACAACAGCAAAUAAAAAAAGUCUGGAUAUUAUGAAAAUAACAAAGACUGAACCAGUUGUUAUACAAACUUUACCUAUCGAAGCUCCUGAUUAUGUUAAAAUUACAUACAUUGGACCAUCUAUAGAUGGAAGACAUUUGUAUGUUGCCAUGUGCCCUACAAUAGAUAACACGGAUACUUUGAGUUCAAAUAAUAAUCAGAUGGAUAUCGACGAGGAUAACGAGUUUUUCCCACAAAAAAGUUACAUGUAUUGGGACCAUAACGAUACGCAGUCUGGUAGAUUAAUAAACGGUGAAAUACACGAUGGUGCGAAUAACGGUGGGAAUGCCAUAUUGCUUGUGUACGCUCUGGACUUUUCAGGGCAAGUAGUAAAAGUUUGUCCUGAGCCCAUAGUAAGGCAAGAACUGCCCGCAGAUCAAGCGCCUACCGAGCAUGUAUUUUUGCCCCUUCAAGAAAAAAGCAAAUGUGCAUUAUCCGAAGAAAACUCUACCAAGAGCCCUAACACCAAUUCAAGCGCAUCGGAACCCAUUGGACAAAUAGCUUUAGUAUGCAGAGAUGGCGUAAUCAGAGUAUUAAAUUUGAGUUCAUUAACAACUGUUACUGAAGCAAGAGUAGAAGGGAAAAAGUUUAUCUCUGUAGCUUAUUGUAAUAGUUUAGAGAGACUGUGUGCAUGUACAAGCGAUGGUGCACUUCACUUUUUUGUCACAACGGACGAGGUAGAUUUUGUGGAGGAUAAGGAGGAUAUCGAAGACGUUAACAUGAUGGCUACAGAAGAGAUUGGCACUAAAAAUACAAUUCCUAGCACGUCAACGUCAUUCGCUUAUCAAGAUCAAUUGAUCGCGCACAAAUCAAACUUAACUCAUUCGGAUUUACGUAUUCUGUACGAACUAACACGAUUUGAUCGACAUUCUCCCGCAUACGGUGCUACCGUUCCACCGUGUUGGAACGAAAUGAUGCAAGGUCAAAAACAACGUCGUCAUCCACAGCAUCUUCAUCAAUCGGAAGACCAACACCAUACACGAAUUUGGCGUUUACACAAUGAAUGGAUCACUUGGGACGAACAUGUGUUUGAGUUAACUCUUCCUCGAAGCGCAUCAGGAAAUAUUGGUCAUGUGGACGUGAAGUUUAGUUUGCAUUCUGUCUGUCAAGAAUUGCCAAUAAUUCAAAUUACCCUACUGAAGCAAAAUGUACGAAGAAUUGGUCAUUACAAGUCUCCAUUGACUCCAGUGGAUGAAAGAAUAGACUUUAACAUAGGCAACGAGCAGAAAGGAAAGAAUCCCGUAACAACGGAAGAAUAUAAGCGACAACAUAACACGGAAAUAUUAUGUGGACCGAUCGAAUUACAUCGUUAUAUGGAUUUAUCGUAUCGUUCUGGUUGCGUUACACUGACCAGCCCGAAGCUGUUUCGGUCCAAAGCAAGAACGCUUCUUGUUCACAUCAAAGCUUUGAUCGAUCCAACGAAGGAUGGCGUAACGACAAAAUCGAAAACCAAUUUGUCAACUAAUAAACCCCCUACUUCAAAAAAAUUACGAAUAGUUGAAGCAGUGCGUCCGCUUGUUCCUGGUAGUACUGCCGAACGGUUUGCGGAAGGUCCAAACAAUAAAAAAUUAGAUUGUUAUAUUGGUUGCGAUUGGAUUCAUGAAAUAUCAAUUACUGUUAGAACGGUAUAUCCUACUAAUAUACCGAAUGAAAGAGCACAGCGUUGUGCUAUGUUGGAAUCAAAAACUUGUUUCGACAAUUUGUUGAGCGUCGCAUGUUUGGAGACACCUGACAAAUCUCCGAUUGCACAAUCACUUGCGCUAGAUAUUCUCAUAUGGAUAGCCUCGAUUAGAUUAACAAGGCUACGCAGCAGUCAAAAUAAUAUUAAAAUAAUAUCAUUUCAGAUGAAGACAAUUUGUUCUGUGCAAUCACGGUUAUCUAGUUUAUUAAAGACUUGUCUUUUGCAUGCCGGACGGAGUAUAGCGCACAAAUGUAUAAAAUUAGUUAUACUUUGUAGCAAAUAUGUUAGCGACACAGUAACAGCCGGGGAUUUUUAUUAUUCAGAGCGGCCACCGUUGAAUUUUUUCGACGAGGCACUGGUUUCGGUUUUGGUUAAGUUGUUACCAUCUAUUAUAGAGGUUCAAUGGGCUGGCUCAUUGCGAUGGUUACAGCUAUUAAUUACUAGAAUCUUACCGCGGGAUAGCGAACACAGUAUUGCUUUGCAGUGUGUCACCCUGAUACAACAGAUAGCUGCCGAAAUAUCAAAUCGAGUUAAUCCUUAUCAUUUGUUACUCGCAACGAGGUUCGGGCUGUACAAUACUCCGUUUGAGACGGAACUUUUCGACUUCGAAUCGCCGAUGCCCCCAAAAUAUAGUCCAACGCCUCCAACACCAUCCCCGUACAUGCCGUCUGUAACUAAUGAACAGUCGGAGCCACCAAUUGCUUCAUCGAGUUUCGUGUAUUCUCAGGAUGCUAUUGAUUUGAGGGACCUACUUACAUUGCCUACGCAUCCAGCUACCGAAUUGGUGGUGCCUAGCAAAUUAAAGGCUUUAUGUACUAACCAUAGCAUGAAAGGACUCCUCGAGGUCGAACCGCUUCACUUUACCUGUCAUGCUGCCUCUGACGGUACCAAGAUGGAGAAAAUUGACCCGUGCACAAGUGUAAUUAAUGUUGGAGCUCCUCUUUACGAUAGCACGGCUACGAACAGUAAUGGUGUACCUGACAUCAAAACCAUUCAUCACACUUACAACUUGGAUGCUGGAUCGCUAGGACCAGAUGUUCAGGCUAAGUCGACACCUAUAUUAAGCGAUUUACUCAGUCUGUGUAGAGGAGCAUUAAAGAAGCCAGCUCCGCAACUGAUAUUCACACCUGAUAAUCAAUCAGACUGUGAUGAAACUAACGAUAUGUCUGUCAGCAAUCAGACAUGGCAACGCGAUAUUUUUAACUCAUGCGUAUUAAGUUCUAUUGUAACGAAAGAAAAGUCGUCUAUACAAAAUCUCGGUACUACCGUAAACAAAGUCGAAGACAGCAAUCUUAAGAAGCGGGAUGAUAUCUCGUUUCCAUGGGGAAGAUUAUUGUGUUGGCCACCUCAACAAGCGCUGGUGGUCGACCGAAUGCAUUCUGGUGCACGUCGUUUCGUCAUCCUUGAUUUUGGAUCACCUGUGUUACUUACGGACUUGAUGAUUCCCUGUUGUGGUGAUUUGGCAUCGUUGUCCAUUGAUAUAUGGACGAAGAGCGAGGAAGUUGACGGGACACGUCUCAUUGUCGCUGGUGAUAUAGAAAAUAAGCCGUUAGUAGUGUGCGAUCUUCAACCACCGCCUGUGUGUAGAUAUUUGAAGAUUACAACCAUAGGUCGGUAUGGAAUGUCUCCAACCAUGUGCAAAAUUCCAUUAGGAAUGUUUUAUGGGCACAUGGUGGUUCUGCCUGGAGAGGAUUACGCAGAAUUGAAUGAUACUUCCCCAAUUUUUGAUAUUUUUGAUCCCAGUGUACAAGCUACAAUCGAUACGCAGUGUAAUAUUUUGUCGGCUCUCGCGGAAGAUGUUCAGUGCAGGUUUAGUUUAGCCACCGAAAAAUUAAAAAGCCUAUUGGAUCCACUGUUGUGUUCAGAAACUACUAAUGUUAUGCAUAUGCAGCAUUAUCUAUGUUAUAAUAAAAUACCCAAUGAGAAUAAAGAGCAACCGUCUGCAAAAAUAUUGGCGACUUAUCAAGAAUGCAUAAUGUUUCAACAUCAAUUGAAUGUCGUGCGCAGCGUAUGGAGACGUUUAGAGUCGUGGAAAGGAUCACAGAACGUACCGACGAUGCUUCUGUCAAAUGCACCCAGCGAUAAAUUGCGAGUUCUUGGAGAAACUUUGCACGAUAUACUUUUAUACACAGUGUACAAAAUUGGCCCUGUGUUAAGUAUCCCGAUGUCGAUAUGCGACGUAUUUACACCGACCGUUUGCGAACAAUUUUUCCACUCGAUUUGUGUUGUCACGCCAGCGCCGCGUUUACAAUUGCACGCAGUUGCACUAUUAGCGCGUAUGGCUGGCCAUCAACCAUGGUGGGGUACAUUCUUGUCUAAUACCUUAGUUAAUCUCUACUCGUCGUCGUCCACGCACAUAUUCCCUCAAGACAGGGUAUUUAUUUUGCUAACAUUUCUUGGACGUAAAUCAUUGAUUGCCGGAGUUAAUAGAUCUUCGGUGAUAGAUGCGAUGGUGCGCACGUUAGGUAAAUUGUUGACACCACUAUCGAAUGCUCAAACUUCUGGUGCAAAUCGUCUGGAUAUAACUCUUAUUGGCUGGGUGUUACUUUUCUUGUCAGUGUGCUUAGACACUGUAGCCAUUCCGCCUCCUUAUUUAGAAGGAAAUAACGAGAAAAGUAGAGAACAAGGUCUGUUGUCUCGGUGGGAGUUCAUUCAGGGAGAGUCCGCGAUGCAAAGGAAGUAUGGCAGUGCCAAUCGGUCUUCAGCUUCUUGUAGUUAUCGUAAAAAAUUACAGAAACGUUUAAUGCAACAUAAACAACAACUUCAAGAGCUGGAGCAAGCAAAGAAAGCGUUUCAUCCAUCGUCACAGGGUUGGGAAAAUCUUUCGUCGUACAGUGCUACUCUGAGUAGUAAAAUGGAAGCGACGAUAAAAUCGCAAGAACGUUUCUAUAAGAAGACGAUCAGGCAACAUUCUGCCAAGUAUUUCAAAGACAUAAGUAUUCAAAGAAAUGACGCUCAACAUACUUCACGCAAUCCGCGUACGCAAUCACAGGCAAAUACAAGUUCCAGUAAAUCAGAAAUAAUGGACUUAGACGUUGAGUACAUAUCCAACUUGUCUCACCAACAUGUUUUACCAGUAGCUCGUGGACUGAUUGCACUCAUUCUGUGCAAUUCUGCUAACGUGGAUAUGUUCCUUCUAGCAUGCAAGGUAGUCGCUAGGCUAGUGAUAUCUACACGUCCCGCAAUUAGCUUGUGUGAACUUAUGAGCGAAGAACAGCUCUUAAAGUUAGUCAGAUUGGCAACAGGUACAUCUGAUGCUGCCUGGUCUUCGCACGCGGUUUCGAGUCUGUUGCAGGAUUUAUUAGAAGGUGGAAAAUUAUUUCCAAAACCUUGUCCCACGCACGAAGGAAGUCCCACGGAGGAAAGUUUCGAGUCCCUUGUCACGGAGAAAAGUCGAACGGUGGAAGAGGACUCUGUUGGUGCUGCUGGAACAAGCAGUGCCACGGUUCCUUUAAAUAACGAGGAAGAAUUUGCGACUGGCGAGGUAGAAGAGGAUGCUCAAGAUAGUAUAGUGGUGCCAUCGGCGACCGCAUCAACGCCAAAGUCUAAUGGAUUUCUGCCUUCUCUUUUGGAGUCUGACGAUAGCGAACUGGAUGAUAUGAUAGACGAUAUUCUCGAACGUGGUAGAAAUAUGUUGAAGAAAAGUAAUCCAGUGUCCAAGACCAGUUCCAGUAUUUCUUUGGCAAUGGAUGCAAGAUUAGAAUACGGACUGGAAAUGGGAAUAGAGAUAAGUUUGAGAUUGUUGUCUACCUUCGGCAUGUACAAUUUACCUCAAAGCAUAAAUGCCACAAUACACGUCCCAACGGAAUCUAAUCGAUACUGUCAGCAGUCGUCAUCGAGAGGUGAAUCUGGUUGGAGCGAUAGAAGUCAAGAUGUUUGGAAUUUGACAGAUACUAUAGCUUCCAGUUUAUUAAUGUUAACUAGAUGUUUUGAUAAAAUAUUUACAGACUUGUAUUUACAGAACGUGGGAACGAAUUUAGAACUUAUUCUCCAGCUGUGGUUGACACUGAAUUUUGAUGCCUCUUUGGAACAGUCUAAUUCUUCUAAUCAGUUCGAUCCAUCGUUGACACCUGUUAUUCCAUUGAGCUCUACAGCUAUUUCCAGUCUUAUUUCCGCGUUGUCUUGGCAUCCAGGGGUUUCUUUGAGAGCUUGGUGUCUUGCUCUCCAAUGUUUGACUCUUGCGAGUAAUCAGCCAUUACAGACAGAUUCUGCAGAAGCUGCAAACAGCAGACAACCACUGGAUGGUCUGUUGGGUGGUAUGGCUGGCUGUAUUGUAAAAGAACGCAAUAUGGGCCCUAUGCUCCUACGUCUACUUUCUGGUAGCGGAUUAAACGUCAAUGCCAUGGAUAAACAAUACAUUAUGGCCGGGCCCACUGUUUGUCAAGCACUUCAAGAUUUUUUAGUAAGAUUAGAAACAAGAUGCGAUGUAAUUACGCUUGGUAGUUCUUUAGGGAAUACAUUGAAAGAGUUGUUACUGUGGGUGGUGUAUCAACUCGUACAGCCGGGUGGAGCUCUUUCUGCAAGAAGAGGGCCUUUAGACGCACAGUACAAACUGAUAAUGUCGUUGACGAAUUUAAAUUUUGUCAAUACGGACUUGGGAACUGCAAUGAGUGUAACGGAAUGCGUGGGGGUGUUGGUUUUCACUUAUGUCAGGGGUUCCGGAGUUGGAGCACAAUGUGGUGGUUCUGUUGAUUUAGUGAAUUCGUCCGGCGGAUUCGGUGGUUUAUUCGCCUGUGUGCUCGGCGGGGAUACAAGACAAGGUCGUCCAGCUUCGUGGGACACUUUAGUCGUAGCUCUUAUAAAAUUAGUUUGCCGACUUAUUCAAACUCCCCUGCCAAAUGCUUGUGCAGGUCGAUCGGAUAGCUCGAUGCGAAUCGAUCUUUCCGAGACAAGUCUCGGAUCAGCGAGCGAUAUUGGCGACACACAAAUGAAAAUAAAUAUUUCACAAACCGAUGAAAGCAAAGUUGCAGAACAACAAUCGUCCUCUCGCUUGCAACAAUCUACACUUAACAAACCCAAUAUACGAUGCGUUGCGGAUACUGUUCUACAACACGAACCUACCAUGAUGCGACUAUUAGGAGCCCUUGGGCAUAGUACCGGCUCAUCUUUGGCUAUGCUUCUUGGCGAGAGCGCCGGAGCAGGAACAGCGACCGAACUCGGUGAUCCAGCUUCGAUUCCAGAUGCCACGUUUCAGUUGUUGACCACACUUACCAAGAAAGCGAGUAAUCGUACUUUGGUUCUCGAUCCACUUUAUCAGUACCUCUCUUCCUCCUCCGGGCAAAGAGAAUUGGAUCGUCAAUUGGGCGUCACGCAGUUGUCCGAGCCUCUUCUGUGGUAUAUUUUAAGGGUCCUGGACAACGAAGUCUCGUUAGCAAUGUUCACAGAGAUGGGCGGAGUGAGAGUUCUUUGCGAAAAUUUAGUGAAAUCGAGCAUUAGUGGCGGUAAUGGCGGCAGCCCUGCAUCACCGGGUGUGAUUGCAUUGGUGAUGGAACAUCUAUCGAACGCACCUAACGUGAUGCCAGUGGCCUCCACAAGCAGCAAGAAAUCCGUGAACACGCUGGAGACACAAGAAGAUGGAUUAUUAAACUUUGCACCUUUGGGUACGAUAUCUUGGUUGAAUCCCACAGCGCAACCAGCGGAUGUUCUUAUACAAAAUGCUACGCCUCAUAAAAGAGCGAGAACAGCUGCGUGGUUGUACCAUUGUUAUCCCGACGAGGCAUGGGUCGAUCUUACGAUCACUUUACCGUGUGCUAUACUGUUAAGAAAAGUCGAGUUGCAGCCGCACCUUACGUCUUUGGCCACAUGCCCGUCAGCCGUAGCGAUCGAAGUUUCCAGGGAAAGUAACAGCCCUCUGACCCCUGUUUGUCCACCGAUGCCAACGGCGGGAUUAACAUUUAUAUGCAUUACGUUGUCCCAACCAGAGGUGGCGACUUCUGUGCUCGUGCGGUUAUACAAACCGCGUGACUCGACGAACAUAAGCUUAAGUCAGAUCAAACUGUUAGGUACAACGGCGUUCGGUGAAAUAAAAACGAGUCACGAUACGAUAGACGAAGAACAACUGACAAAGACAAGCUUGGGUUGGUUGCGAUUAUUGCAUCAGUGUCUGUCCGUGAGCACGUUGAACAGCAAUCUCGCUGUCAAGGUGCUUAACUCUGCGGCUUCGGUCGAAGGACUGAUCGAGGCAUGCUGUAACCUUCUGUUGCUCCCAGCACCGUCUCUCUUUACUCCUAAUCUGGAGAGGGUUCUAUUACAACUAGGCUUACACUCUCGAGAGCUUGGACUUCGCCUCAUUGGUCUUUUAUUGAGCAACAGAUCUACUCCUUUUUUCCAAGGCGCUGUGACCACGCAAGAGACAUCGACCGUUCAGUUGGUGGUUGAAUUGCUUCAACAACUUUGUUCUAUUCAGGAUUCGUGCACAGAAGCCCGUAUGAUCGCGGUACUUUCGUGGCUUCAGGCGUCGGCUCUAAAUGGAGUCUCUCGGCCCAGAAAUGGCCCUAACGCCAUCAGCCCGCCUGCUGUAUACAUUCAUUGCGUGUCGUCCAUUAUAUGGAAAGCUCAUCAACAGCAAAAUCUCAAUUAUGAUUUGCAGGCUCUUUUGAUGGACGAGCUUUUCAACGUUCUGUAUCAAUGGACUCUGACUUUGGAAACGGGCUCGGCUUUGAAACAGGCGAUCGACUCUGCUCUCUGCGCAUUCUGUUACGUGAGACCGACUCUGUUCCCUCUGCUUCUUCAAAGAGUACAAAUCUUGGUGCCUAAUAUGGCGACGGAUCAUUCUGCAUCCAUAUCGGAUGACCGCAAAGAAAUGGAAGGGCAAACCGGCGACAGAGAGAGCGAAAUCACUGGCGAGGAAUGGUACUGUCGCUACGUCCUUUCCGAGUACAAACGAUUGAAUUUAACAGAGGGACAAUUGCUCACCGUUGCCGCGGCUGCACGAUCCCCGCCAGGUAUUCAGCAGUUGAUCGAUUCUGGACUUCCUGCUCUGUUGAUGGCAUCGAUUACUGAUUUUUGUAAUCUGGAGGAGUCGAGACGGCAACAGGAGCAAAGUAGAAGAUCGACAGAGGACUAUUGCCAAAGUAAUUCCAUGGGAGGUUCUAGCAUGACGGAUAGCGAUAAAGCCGAUGAAACUUAUGUGAAAACGAAUCACUCUGGUGGUUUGUGUCUGACGGAGCCGGAAAGUAUAGCGAUGGUGUUGGAAUUCUUGACGCUCGUGUGUUCAGAGGGCAGAAUGCGAGAUUGGCUUGGAAAAGAGGGAUGUGGGUUUUGGUUACCUCUUCUUUCGCUUCUUAGUAGUCGACCUAUGGACAAUCCAUCCGUGUCUUCGUCAAGAUGUUCCAAAACAAAUAUUUCGUACGCCUCGUUGGAAAGUGCUAUGAUCAAAUUUUUAUCCAGGUGUUGUUGGUGUCAUCUCGAGAAUCAAAAGUUGUUGGCCGAACUAUUAACCGAUGUAAUUUCUCAACAACGAACAACUUCCAAUGCCAGAUACCUUCAUGGAAUUUCUGGUUUUACAAGACGGUUGAUAUUGCAAUUGCUCUUGGAGGGUGAAAAAGUAUUGGUAUCCGUAACAUCGGAAGCGCCUAUGAAAGUUUCAAACACUGCGGCCAAUUACAGUAUGCCAUCUAUGCCUCCGCACCCGGCGCAUCCGCUCGGUCAUUAUCAUCAACUAUUGUACAUGUCCACGCAGUCGACCGUGGCGGAUAUAUUACAACAAGUAUCUGGAACGUGGCUUCUUCUGCUACUGCCAAACACGUACAAGGGUAACGAAGCUGGAUCGACCAAUAAUCGGUCCAGAGAAUUCUGGGAGUCUGGCAUGGCCUUUAUAGUAGAUACUCUUAGCGUAGCCGCGGGAAACACGGCGAAAGACAAAAGAGCCAAGGAGGCAUCGAACAGGUCGCAAGCUCGCGGUCCUACCGUGAGAAAAUCGCGAUUAAAUUCUGAUGGAACAUCGAACACGAACAACAAACCAUCGAGUAAUAACGUGCAACAGAAUGCUGGCAGUUCCACCAAUCAGCAGUAUUUGAUACACUCGUCGCGACCGAACACUCCUUUACCGCCGCGAUUGACUAUUGCUCAGCUUCUAGCUAUUGCCGAGGACAGUGGAAUGUCGUUGUCAGAGCCUUGCUUGCACCUUAUGUUACGUCAACGUAAUAAAGAUUCGAAAGAGGACCUAUCGAAACAAAACGAUAUCGAAUUACUAAAUUAUAGAAGCAUAGAGAGCUCGUUGGGCGUGUUCAGCGCUGGCGGUGGUCUAGCGGUAUUGGCGCGACAUUUGCCGCUGGUUUAUCCCGACUCGAGAAGGCCGCCGCCGGUCGCGGAGAAGUCUUCGUCGCUGGAACAGACGUACGAGGAUUGGGUGAAACUGGAGGAUAGCGACGACAUGUACGAGAUCGUGGAAGUAGGCGGAGCGAACUCGACCACGCAGACGUCGUCUCCGGUGCCCUAUGUACCGCCACACUCUCUAGCAGCGUUCGGUCUGUUUCUUAGACUUCCCGGUUACGCGGAAGUGCUGUUGAGACACCGAAAACGAGCACAGUGUCUGUUGCGUCUCGCCCUGGGCGUAUCCGACGACGGCGAAGGCGGAGACGUGUUAACGUCACCGUGGGCCGCCUCGUUACCAACAUUACCGUUUCAAGUUUUGAGACAGGUGCUCGAUGCAACGCCACCAACCACCGACGACGGUCUUCUUCUGCGUAAAACGAUCAUCGAGGUGGGCGCCAUGCUUCUCUUACUGAACUGUCUGGCUAUAUUCACGCAUCAAACUAGCCAGAACGAGAAUUCGGAGCAAAAGGUGACCGGCAGUCAAGAGGAGGCUGGUCGGAGCGACGAUAAUUCGCAUUUGUACUGGGCGAAGGGUACCGGGUUCGGAACCGGUUCCACUCAACAGUCAUGGAACGUUGAACAGGCUCUGCUGCGACAGAGAUCCGAGGAAGAGCACGUCACAGUAUUAUUGCAAGUCCUGGCGAGCUACAUCGGACCUGGCGGGCAAAAGCAGAGGGAACUGCCGUCUCCCUUUCCCGAUCUGCUGGCCCUCUCGUGUUUGCUCCCGGCAUUGUCCUCGUAUUUAAGAAAUGACUCGGUGUUGGACAUGGCUAGGCACAUUCCUUUGUACCGUGCGGUGUUGCAACUGCUUCGAGCCAUGGCGCGAUCGAAUCAGUUGGCACCGCUUUUGCUACCAAAGGGCAGCGGGAAGUCCAGUGAACCAUCCGUCGUGUCGCUGCUGUCGAGUAUGAGGGUCUGCGUCGACACGUACGUUCAUAAGAUAAAUCGUACCAGGGGCAACAAGUCGAAGACUUUGUUCAAAUAUCCGGACGAUACCGAGCAGGACGAGGGUCUGGCAACGUUGAUACCCGAUAUUCAAGAAAGUGCUACCAUCGUGCAAAACGCUACCGCUAGAUUGUCGGGGAUCGAAGAAGAAUUGCCGGGACCUAGUCCCGCGGGCCCGGAAUUACUUCUCCGUUCGGUCGAACAACGAUAUUUGGAGGUUAUGAAGAAUCUGCAGUUCGAUACGUACGAAAUGAUUGCCGAGAAUCCCGAAACUGGUGGAUAUAAAUUUGCCGUUUCGUAUUAUUUCGAAUCGAACAUGAGGGCAGCCGGGGAAAGAAGUCAUCCUACACGGGUCAAGCGAUUGGCUCAAGAGGCCGUCACGCUUUCCACUGCUUUACCUUUGUCAUAUAGUAGUAGCGUUUUUGUUAGAUGCGACGCGGACCGAUUGGACGUAAUGAAGGUGCUGAUAACAGGCCCGGCAGAAACGCCGUACGCGAAUGGAUGUUUCGAGUUCGACGUGUACUUUCCACCGGAUUAUCCGAACAGUCCGAUGUUCAUUAACCUCGAAACCACGGGUCGUCAUACCGUGCGAUUCAACCCAAAUCUGUACAACGAUGGGAAGGUCUGUCUGAGUGUAUUAAACACAUGGAACGGUCGUCCCGAAGAGAAGUGGAAUGCACACACUAGUAGUUUCCUUCAGGUCUUAGUGUCGAUACAGUCGUUGAUCCUGGUAUCAGAGCCGUAUUUCAACGAACCUGGGUACGAACGAUCACGAGGCACGACGAGCGGAGCUCAAUCUAGUCAAGAGUACAACGCGAACAUUUGUCAGGCUACCGCCAAGUGGGCAAUGCUUGAUCAAAUUCGCAAUCCCUGUCCUUGUUUCAAGGAGAUUAUACACACUCACUUUUGGAUAAAAAGACACGAAAUUGUUGCACAAUUAGAGGGGUGGAUAAGGGACAUGGAAAUGCACGGGUCGGAUCGUCGAUUCGGCCGCACACUUUCCCUGAAUGCUUUAGCUUUAAGGAGACACUAUAGAUUAUUGAGGGAAGAGUUGAACAAACUGCCAACUCCCGAGGGUUUGGAGGACUUGGUGGAGCCACUCGCGUCACCAGGCUCGCCUAUCGAAUUAUCCGGUACCCCUUGUACACCGAAUUCGCCACCGACGUCGACGGCACCCGUGGCCGCCACACUUUCCACGCCGAUCAGUAACUCUAUCGUUUCCAUGAACAACGCCAGUGCUAGCAAUCACGUACACCACGAUAUCGACACGGACGUUGAAAUGGAGAAAAUGGUUUCGAAAGUGUGUGAAUAACUACAGGAUGUUAAUAGACAUUGUUGGACAUUUUGAAAAGUCUAUAUUGUUUGUGUUAUGACGGACAAAUAACAGACUGACCGAAGGCGGAACGGAGCAUCCUAGCAUCUUGUCGAAUUUCAGAUGAUUUACGGAUAAAAAACGAGCAGAAUGGAAGCUUAUGGGUGGUAACAUUUUGGUUGAACGAACGACGAUAUCGAACGACAAAAUCGAGAGAGAGAGGAGGAUCGAAAAGAACGUGGUAAUAUACGCGCGUGCACGCGUAUACCGUGUAUUUCUGUGUGCGUGCGUGCGUGCGUGCGUGCGUGUGUUGUGUGUGUUGCCCUGCCUGCGUGUAUGCUGCGACGAAGACGUAUAGAAGA